UGUGAAGACAAGGUAGUGAAGGAGUUUCCCAUAUGAAAAAUACAGAAAGAAUUAUUUGAAUACUAGCAAAUACACAACUUGACAUUUCUAGAGAACCCAGGCACAGCCUUGGAGACAUUACUCCUGAGAGACUGCAGCUGUUGGAAGACGAGCCCCAAUUUCUAAAAAUGUAUCACUACCAGGAUUGAGAUACAAACAGCAUUUAGGAAGGUCUCAUCUGAGUAGCAGCUUCCUGCCCUCCUUCCUGGAGAUAAGUCGGGCUUUUGGUGAGACAGACUUUCCCGACCCUCUGCCCAGCCGGUGCCCAUGCUUCUGUGGCUGCUGCUGCUGAUCCUGACUCCUGGAAGAGAACAAUCAGGGGUGGCCCCAAAAGCUGUACUUCUCCUCGAUCCUCCAUGGUCCACAGCCUUCAAAGGAGAAAAAGUGGCUCUCAUAUGCAGCAGCAUAUCACAUUCCCCAGCCCAGGGAGACACAGAUUGGUAUCGCGAUGAGAAGUUGUUGAAAAUAAAACAUGACAAGAUCCAAAUUACAAAGCCUGGAAAUUACCAAUGUAAGACCCAAGGAUCCUCCCUCAGUGAUGCCGUGCAUGUGGAAUUUUCACCUGACUGGCUGAUCCUGCAGGCUUUACAUCCUGUCUUUGAAGGAGACAAUGUCAUUCUGAGAUGUCAGGGGAAAGACAACAAAAACACUCAUCAAAAGGUUUACUACAAGGAUGGAAAACAGCUUCCUAAUAGUUAUAAUUUAGACAAGAUCACAGUGAAUUCAGUCUCCAGGGAUAAUAGCAAAUAUCAUUGUACUGCUUAUAGGAAGUUUUACAUAAUUGACAUUGAAGUAACUUCAAAACCCCUAAAUAUCCAAGUUCAAGAGCUGUUUCUACAUCCUGUGCUGAGAGCCAGCUCUUCCACACCCAUAGAGGGGAGUCCCAUGACCCUGACCUGUGAGACCCAGCUCUCUCCACAGAGGCCAGAUGUCCAGCUGCAAUUCUCCCUCUUCAGAGAUAGCCAGACCCUCGGAUUGGGCUGGAGCAGGUCCCCCAGACUCCAGAUCCCUGCCAUGUGGACUGAAGACUCGGGGUCUUACUGGUGUGAGGUGGAGACAGUGACUCACAGCAUCAAAAAAAGGAGCCUGAGAUCUCAGAUACGUGUACAGAGAGUCCCUGUGUCUAAUGUGAAUCUAGAGAUCCGGCCCACCGGAGGGCAGCUGAUUGAAGGAGAAAAUAUGGUCCUUAUUUGCUCAGUAGCCCAGGGUUCAGGGACUGUCACAUUCUCCUGGCACAAAGAAGGAAGAGUAAGAAGCCUGGGUAGAAAGACCCAGCGUUCCCUGUUGGCAGAGCUGCAUGUUCUCACUGUGAAGGAGAGUGAUGCAGGGAGAUACUACUGUGCAGCUGAUAACGUUCACAGCCCCAUCCUCAGCACGUGGAUUCGAGUCACCGUGAGAAUUCCGGUAUCUCACCCCGUCCUCACCUUCAGGGCUCCCAGGGCCCACACUGUGGUGGGGGACCUGCUGGAGCUUCACUGUGAGUCCCUGAGAGGCUCUCCCCCGAUCCUGUACCGAUUUUAUCAUGAGGAUGUCACCCUGGGGAACAGCUCAGCCCCCUCUGGAGGUGGAGCCUCCUUCAACCUCUCUCUGACUGCAGAACAUUCUGGAAACUACUCCUGUGAUGCAGACAAUGGCCUGGGGGCCCAGCACAGUCAUGGAGUGAGUCUCAGGGUCACAGUUCCGGUGUCUCGCCCCGUCCUCACCCUCAGGGCUCCCGGGGCCCAGGCUGUGGUGGGGGACCUGCUGGAGCUUCACUGUGAGUCCCUGAGAGGCUCCUUCCCGAUCCUGUACUGGUUUUAUCACGAGGAUGACACCUUGGGGAACAGCUCGGCCCACUCUGGAGGAGGGGCAUCCUUCAACCUCUCUCUGACUACAGAACAUUCUGGAAACUACUCAUGUGAGGCUGACAAUGGCCUGGGGGCCCAGCACAGUAAAGUGGUGACACUCAAUGUUACAGGAACUUCCAGGAACAGAACAGGCCUUACUGCUGCGGGAAUCACGGGGCUGGUGCUCAGCAUCCUCGUCCUUGCUGCUGCUGCUGCUCUGCUGCAUUACGCCAGGGCCCGAAGGAAACCAGGACUUUCUGCCACUGGAACAUCUAGUCACAGUCCUGGUGAGUGUCAGGAGCCUUCCUCGUCCAGGCCUUCCAGGAUAGACCCUCAAGAGCCCACUCACUCUAAACCACUAGCCCCGAUGGAGCUGGAGCCAAUGUACAGCAAUGUAAGUCCUGGAGAUAGCAACCCGAUUUAUUCCCGGAUCUGGAGCAUCCAGCAUAAAAAAGAAAACUCAGCUAAUUGUCCAAUGAUGCAUCAAGAGCAUGAGGAACUUACAGUCCUCUAUUCAGAAUUGAAGAAUACACACCCAGAUGACUCUGCAGGGGAGGCUAGCAGCAGAGGCAGGGCCCAUGAAGAAGAUGAUGAAGAAAACUAUGAGAAUGUACCACGUGUAUUACUGGCCUCAGACCACUAGCCCCUUACCCAGAGUGGCCCACAGGAAACAGCCUGCACCAUUUUUUUUUUUUUUGUUCUCUCCAACCACACAUCAUCCAUCUCUCCAGACUCUGCCCCCUACGAGGCUGGGCUGCAGGGUAUGUGAGGCUGCGCAAAAGGUCUGCAAAUCUCCCCUGUACCUGAUCUGUGUGUUCCCCAGGAAAAGAGCAGGCAGCCUCUGAGCAAGCACUGUGUUAUUUUCACAGUGGAGACACGUGGCAAGGCAGGAGGGCCCUCAGCUCCUAGGGCUGUCGAAUAGAGGAGGAGAGAGAAAUGGUCUAGCCAGGGUUACAAGGGCACAAUCAUGACCAUUUGAUCCAAGUGUGAUCGAAAGCUGUUAAUGUGCUCUCUGUAUAAACAAUUUGCUCCAAAUAUUUUGUUUCCCUUUUUUGUGUGGCUGGUAGUGGCAUUGCUGAUGUUUUGGUGUAUAUGCUGUAUCCUUGCUACCAUAUUGGGAACAGCCAAAAGAAGUUAUAGAACAAGAUUUUAAGGUGACUCUAUCUGAAGUGUAUUUUUGUACUUACAGGGUGACAUUCCCAACCAAAUUACCCUAGUUAUGAUGAAAAAUAACUUCAGCAUUUCAUUAAAGACUCUGCUAGUUUAAUAUGUGACUUCUAUUCCCACUGCAAAGACCUUAUGUGUGAAGAAUCACAUUAAUUGUAAUUUUUGCUUCAUGACAUAGUCUCAUCAUUUUCCAUACAUGAUAGAUUUCUAGUCAGUCAGUUUUAUUCUUAUAAGCACCCAUUAACCCCGAGACAAUAACCUACUAUAUCUAUGUGGCUUCUCCCAUUCUUUUCCUCUACCUCACUCCAUCUGAUAAAAAACCAUUCUAAAUCUCAUGUUCAUUAUUCCCAUGUUCUCCUAUUUCUGUCAUAUUAAUAUAUCUACAUGUUUUCCUUAAAUAUGUUUUUAUAUUAGUUUUAACUAUAAGUUAAAGACCAUAUUGUUGUAGAUAAUUUUUUUAGUACUUUCUCUUCAUGUUGUAUUUCUAAGAUUCAUCCAUAUUGUUGCGUGUUGCUAUAGUUCAUUUGUUUUUAUUGCUGUUUAGUAUUCACUUGUGUAAAAUAUCUGGCUUAAUGUUUUCCUAGCUAUCACUAUCAAAAACUCUUUCCACAGCGUGUUGAAUUUUUAAUAUGACAAAAAUGAAAAUGUACCAACAAUUUUCAGUGACUUCACCUCCAUUCUGAAAUCGUGAUGUUUCCAAAUAUCUCUGAACACCUCAAGUCCUAGGGACAACUGAGAUUAUAUUAACAUUAAUCUCUGAAUGUUGCCAGUUCUAGGCCUUCACUUGGUUCAUGUAGGAACACCAAGUCCCUUUCAAAGCACCACAUCUUCCUCUAAUCAAUAUUUCUUGGAGUCCCUAGGGAAUGUCUUACAUGCAUUCAAACAAUCACCAUUUCUGGAGAUACACUACAGGGUCACCAUAAACUCUGCUACCCUUAGGUUCCAUCACUAUGGAAGAUGAGUUUCAUCAGAAGGCACUUUUGCCCUCCGUUACGACCAGCAAAGCCAGCUAAGCCACAGCUGCUGGCCUCAAAAAAUGUGAUGAUCAAUCCACACUGCUCCCACUGGCCUCUGUUACCCUUAUCCUGGCCUUUGAGAGCAGGGCAUGAUGUCCUGCCUAUACUGAGAUGCUGAUCUCUGCCAGUUCAUGUUCAUAUUGGCAUUAAAAUUUUAAGGUCCCUUGAAGAGGGAGGAGGCAAACGUCUCUGUCUUCUAUGUGAUACACUCUGCUGUUUUUUUCUCUAUGGUGAAAAUAUGUAAACUGGUUUUGGGUACCAACCACCAGGCUGUAUAUGGAGGCUCUCCUCCUUUCUAACCCUGCUGCUGAUUUGGAAUUACCUUGCCAAGCCCCUUUGUGCCUUAUAGUGAACUUUCUCUAAGGGACCUGUCAUCUCUUAUCAUUGUUUAUCCAUUUUCUAGAUUCUGAACCCAAGAAAGAACAAAGUUCAAGAUUUUCCAUGUCUUUGUAACACUUAGCCCUGUGCAAAUCAGAGUAUGUGAGUGGAAGGAGGGGUGAGUCCUAACUGUACAUCUCGGAUAUAACAAAAGUGCAAAUUCUGAUUGCCCUGUAAAAUGAAUUAUUCUCAUGCAGUGCUCUACUUGACUUUUAUCGUUGAAUUCACAACUAAAAACCCAUAGCCCAGAAAUCUAAAAAAAGUAAUUUUAGUGGAGCCUUUGAAAAUAAAAGACCAUUGG